AUGGUACGUACACGCAAGAUGCACGCAAGAUACACGCCCGGGAACACUACAUCACAGGCUAACGCGCCCCACCAGGCCUACCGCCUCAUCACCCAGGUAGUCGUCAUCGGCUCGCGCGUCCUCGGCCGCGCCUUUUCCGAGGCCUACAAACAGGCCAACGCCUCCAGCCAGUAUGCUCGUGCCCAGGCCAAGGCCGGCGGCACUGCGGGCGCGACCGGCCGUGCGAACCUCUCGACCGGCAUGACGCUGGACGAGGCCGCCCUGAUAUUGAAUGUGCCCAAGCCAACGACCGGAGGCACCGCGGCCAAAAACUACGACAUGGAGGAGGUCAUGGACCGGUUCAAGCGUCUGUUUGACGCCAACGACCCGCAAAAGGGCGGCAGCUUCUACCUGCAGAGCAAGAUUCUGCGGGCGCGUGAGCGCAUCGAGGCGGAAGUGGGCCCUGUGCUGGAAAAGGCGGCACAAGAGGCCGAGGUGCAGGCCGGGUUCAAGCCCAAGAUGUACAAGGACCGGUGA